AUGCCAUAUACAGAUAAGCAAAUAUGCAUCCCUCCAGAACUGCCAGAACUGCUGAAACAGUUUACAAAAUCUGCUAUUCGAACCCAGCCUCCAGAUCUGCUCCAAUGGGCGUCUGAUUACUUUAGUGCCGUGGCCCGUGGCGAUAUACCUCCAGUAAGGGAGCGAUCGGAAAGGGUACCUUUGUCAAACUGGGCAGAACUCACUCCAGAGCUCUUAAAGGUCUUACACCAACGAGUGAGUGGCAGACUGAUAAUCCAUGUAGAUGAACUGGCCCACAUGUGGAAGGUGCUGAAUCUCCCAACAGAUUUAUUUGAGAGUGUUAUGAAUGUUGGUCGUUUUACCGAAGAAAUUGAAUGGCUUAAGUUUUUAGCCCUGGCAUGUAGCUCUCUUGGAGUUACUAUUGCAAAAACACUGAAGAUUAUAUGUGAGGUUUUAUCCAGCGAUUAUGACAGUGGACCCCCACGUAUUCCUUUUAGCACUUUCCAGUUUCUCUACACAUACAUUGCUGAAGUGGAUGGGGAGAUUUCAGCAUCUCAUGUCAGCCGAAUGCUGAAUUACAUUGAACAGGAGGUCAUUGGACCUGAUGGCUUAAUCAAGGUGAAUGAUUUUACCCAGAAUCCACGGGUCAGACUGGAAUAGUGGCACAGCUUAUCAAGUACUUUGAUAGGAAGAUGAAGAAACGUGCUUCAAAAUAAUGGUUACUAUUAGCCUUUCAUUGUCUUUUUUCUUGUGUCUAUCAAUAAACAAUUUGGCCAAGAAGUCAAUCAGAAAUGUGUGAGUGUGGAUUAAGAGAAUGUCAGUGGAAUAGAAUAUUGUCACAGGUUAAUUAUUAGAGCUGGUCAAUUUUGCAUUUUAUUUAUUUAUUUAUUGUGCUGAAAGUUUUCCCUUUGAAAAAUAGUUUUGUUGAAACAAAUUUUUCAUCGGAAUAUGUCAAUUACAACAAAAACAUUUUGCAGAAAAUUUCUAAAAAAAAAUUCUCAUUUUGAAUUGAUGUUUUCAUAUGAAAAAAUGUUCAUUUUGUUUCCAUUUAAAAUGCCAUUUGGUUUCAGUUUUCGGUUUAAAAAAAAACAUACAUAACAUCUUAAUCAAAUUAAUUCAGAACUUCCCAUUGGAAAACUGAAAUGUUUUUGACCAAAAAUUGAAAGAUUUUCAUUCAAAAUUUCUUGCAGGAAAAAAUUCCAGUUUUCCAACGAAUGAUUGGAAAUUAAUGAUUUUCUGCUGCCAAGUAAAACCACUAAGACCCUUAUGGAAAAUUAUCUUGUAUGGUGUUAUACCAUAUCUUAUCUAAUGUCAGUGCUCCUGACAGAGAGCUCGAUCACGCCUGAAAGAGGUGAAGCAGUACCACCACAGUGCAAGCACCAGGCAACAUUCUGUCUUUCCUGCACUCCCCAGAAACACACCCACUAUUACACCCUUUGUGGAUACAGCUUACUCCAUCCAGUGAGAUUGGCCCCGCUCCAUGGAGUGGGGCCAAAGUAGAGGACAGUGACAAGCUCUACCUCUUCGCCUUAACUACUCAUCGUCUUUAGGGUAUUGUGUGCUCCUGACAGACUAAAGAGACCAAUCCUUGAGCUCCCCAUAUAGGAGGGACAGUAAUUUUGUGCGGAGUGAGGAAGGCUUCUUCUGUCCUAGCCCUUUUGUGCAAAAUGACCACAGAAUCUGUCUCUAUGUGUCUGAUUCUGCUCCUUAAGUUAAUUGAAGUUUUGCCAUUGGAGCAGGAGCAGGGCCUAAACUAUUAUUGAC